AUGCUGGAGCAGGGCGGAACCCCACAGGCAAGCACGGUUCACUAUCUUGACCGUUGUCUGUCGUGUCUUACCUGCGUCAGUAGUUGCGCCGUAAAGGUCGACUACAUGCACCUGAUUGACAUAGCUCGCGAGUAUAUUGAAGACAACUUCAAGCGCCCGCUGAAGGAUCGAUUCGCACGGUGGGUAGUUUCGUUUGUUAUUCCACGCCCUGCUGUUUUUGUAGUGUCAUUGCAGCUGAGUCGUAUGGGGCGCCCAUUCAAGAAGUGGUUGCCCACCACAUUGGGAAGGCUGAUCGACCUCGCGCCCCUAUCCGUUCCUGUCGCCAGGAACCAGGAGCCAGAAACAUCAACAGUUUUGAAGAAAAAGCGCUACCGCGUUGCUGUUCUUGAGGGCUGUGCCCAGAAGGUUCUGGAUGCGGACAUUCAUGCCGCAACGGUAAGGGUGCUGGAGCGUCACGGCUGUGAGGUAGUGGCGAUGAAACGCCAGGGUUGUUGUGGUGCGCUGACCUUGCAUAUGGGCAUGGGCGACCAAGGUAAAAACUGGGCUAAAAAGGCAAUCGAUCUCUGGUUUGAGGAAGGCGCACAAGGGUUGGACGCCAUCAUCAUCAAUGCUUCCGGCUGCGGAACCACUGUCAAGGACUAUGCGCAUCUGUUCGCCGAUGAUCCCGAUUACAGCGAGCGCGCCAAAUUUGUCUCCCAGCGCGCAGCCGACGUUACUGAGUUUCUUUCGAGAAUUGGACUUGAGGGAAUUACUUCCCUUGAAUAUGACGUUGCGUAUCACGAUGCCUGUUCGUUAAAGAACGGCCAACGUGUCACUGAUCAGCCAAGGGAACUGCUUCGUUCCGUAGGGCUUGUUGUGCAUGACACCCCUGAAGCACAUUUCUGUUGCGGAUCAGCUGGUACCUACAACAUCUUUCAGCCCGAGUUGGCGGACAACCUGGGAGCACGGAAGGCGGCAAAUAUUGAAAGCACAGGGGCUCAGUUCGCGGCCAUGGGCAACAUCGGAUGCCUGACCCAAAUUCGGCGUAUGACGCAACUUCCACUUGUUCACACGGUUCAGUUGCUGGACUGGGCAACCGGUGGGCCGCAGCCUGCGCAGCUUGAAGGUAUCAAGCCACGGAUUCACAAAGUUCACACUAAAGAGAAAGAAGAAAAUGCAGUUUGGUAA